GUCUCUCCUUCAAGUGCAAAUGUCAGUCUUCCUACCUUUACUCGACGGUGGCAACAUCGACCAGGCCCUUCUGAGAUCAUUGGCUCGGAUUGGACCAGUCAUUGUACCUAGUAAUACUCCACCAUCCAGCCUCCCUCCCGAUCUCGAUGUUAGCCGGUACAUUCUGCUCGAUCAAACUUCAUCACUCAACCUUGACGAAAUCGUUCAAUGGCUUGACCUCGGCGCCGACAAGGUCAUCGUACCUCUCGCAUGGGCAAAAGAUGUCGUAGGAGUCCUUCCUGCUGACCGUUUGAUUUUGUUACUAGAUGUCUCGAACGCUAGUGCAGUCUCGGAUUCUGUUCGUAAAGGCAUUUCCGGUGUGCUCAUCAAGACUUCCACCUUGGACGCCGAUUUCAUAGGGUCUUUCACUCGCUUUUUUAGCGGAGCAGACAUCUAUGUUCUGUCUACGCCAUCGUCAUCACCGCCCUCACAGUCGACUAUUCGUGAUCUGCGUCGUGCAAAUACAAUCAUAGUCCUCCCAACUACCCUACUCACCUACUCUGCCACUUCUGAGCAAGCUAUCAACGUUGCUGAUGCCUUUGUGGCUCCGCUGAUAUCAGAUAGGCCCGACGGUCUGUUCCCUACUGUCGUUACGGAGGACGGAAGAUCGCUCGGCCUGGUGUACUCUUCUACCGAGUCGAUAAAAGAGAGUAUCCUCACAGGAAAGGGCAUAUACCAGUCCCGCAAGCACGGGCUGUGGAGAAAAGGGGAAACUUCUGGGGCCAGUCAGACAGUUCUCGGCAUCCGCGUCGACUGCGACCUUGACGCUCUGGAGUUCAACGUCGUCCAGAAAGGAUCAGGAUUCUGUCAUCUCAGUAGGCCAUCAUGUUUCGGCGAGUCAAAGGGACUGUAUGCCCUCCAGAAGACAUUGCAAUCACGGUUCGAAUCUUCCCCAGCGGAAUCUUACACCAGGAGAUUGUUUAGUGACCCUGAACUUCUCCGUGCAAAAAUCAUGGAGGAAGCCGACGAGCUUUGCAGUGCAGAAACCCAAGAGGAAGUUGCGUUCGAAGCAGCAGACCUCAUUUACUUUGCCCUCACGAGGUGUAUUGCGUCUGGUGUUACUAUUUACGACAUCGAGCGGUCGCUAGACAAGAAAGCGAAGAAGGUCACUCGUAGGAAAGGAGAUGCGAAGCCGAAAUGGGCGGAAAAUACACCUGCUACCGCUUCCACCUCCACCUUCACCCGGCCCCCACCGCGGUCAGCACCUGUAUCCUGGUCGAAGACGACCGAUGGACCAAUCCGUAUGCGCACAUACGAUCUCUCGAAAGCUUCUCCAGAAACACGGUCACAACUUCUUCGCCGACCAGUGCUCAAAUCUGACGAGAUGAUCGCUAAAGUGAAGCCCAUUGUCGAUGACGUUCGUCAAAGAGGGGAUGCCGCUUUGCUUGAACUCACCGCCAAGUUCGACAAGGCGAAGCUUGACUCCACAGUUAUCUUCCCUCCUUUCGCACCGGAAUCAACGCAAUUGACGGAUCCGAUACGCAAUGCUAUCGACGUGGCUUAUGCCAACGUGCAAAAGUUCCACGCGGCGCAAAAUGAAAAGACAACUCUCGUGGUGGAAACAAUGCCGGGCGUUGUAUGCUCGCGUUUCUCUCGUCCUAUUGCACGCGUCGGGCUUUACGUCCCCGGUGGUACCGCAAUUCUACCCUCAACAGCCCUUAUGCUCGGUGUUCCUGCUCAAGUAGCAGGCUGCAAACAGAUCGUCCUCGCAACCCCUCCUCGGCCCGAUGGCAGCAUUUCCCCUGAAGUGAUGUAUGUCGCUCACCUUGUAGGUGCAUCAGCAAUCCUGAAAGCAGGAGGUGCACAAGCGGUUGCUGCAUUGGCGUACGGCACGCAAACAGUUCCGAAGGUCGAUAAGAUCUUCGGACCCGGAAACCAAUGGGUGACUGCGGCGAAGAUGUUGGUUCAGAACGAUACAGACGCUCUUGUGUCUAUUGAUAUGCCAGCCGGUCCAUCCGAAGUUCUCGUUAUCGCUGACUCCACGUGUAAUCCUGCCUUCGUCGCAGCUGAUCUUCUAUCGCAAGCGGAACAUGGUGUUGAUUCACAGGUCGUACUCGUCACGGUCAAUCUCUCACAAGAGGAAAUCAACAGAAUUGAGGAAGAGGUCGAGGCGCAGGCUCGUGUUUUGCCUCGCGUUGAUAUCAUACGUCAGUCAAUACCCAAGAGUCUGAUCGUGAAGACUACAUCCGUCGAUGAGGCCAUCAAGUUUUCCAACGACUACGCACCGGAGCACUUGAUUCUCCACCUUAAGGAUGCAAGAUCAGCCUUGCCGCAGGUCGAAAACGCUGGCAGUGUCUUCGUUGGACCAUAUUCUCCAGAAAGCUGCGGUGACUACGCGUCAGGAACGAACCACACUCUUCCAACGAACGGAUAUGCUCGACAAUUCAGCGGUGUUAAUACGCAGUCAUUCCAGAAGCACAUCACAUCACAGGAGGUAACCGCAGAUGGACUCCUAGGACUUGGUCCAGUGGUAGCCACUUUGGCAGAUUGCGAAGGGCUACAAGCUCAUGCGAACGCUGUGAGAAUACGACUGCGCACUUUAGUAGCAUGAAAAGUCUGCAACUCUAAAGGACUGUGCCAAAAAUAAUUACUCUCGUCAUAUGUUGACUGCAAUGUAUUUCGAACAAUACCACUUGAAUAUAGCAGAGCGAUGAUAACAAAGGUCCCCUAGAAUAUAUUAAGAGUCUAAGUGUGGGCAACAACUAGCAUAGCAAGUCUAGGGAGCGAGAAAACAGCCGUCCGUGAAUGGGACUC